GGGAGGGAGGGGGCAUCCAUUUUUGUGGCGGGGAUUUGAGCUGCUUUUGUGUAACUCUCCCUGAGAGAUCGCAUGCUUGAUGAAAGGCCCUUAGAAAAUGCAAAUUGCAGCACGCAUGAAAAGCACAAAGAGGCAUCUCGCUGUCCCUGCCAUGGGUUUAAUUCUUCACCAACCACGUAGCACUGACGUCGGGAGCAGAUAAUCUCUUCUCUGCCCGGGAGUGAGACAGAGCAAUCAGCGCUCCCUUUGGAAGAGAUAAUACCAUUUACCUUAGCAAUGGACUCUCCCCCUCCCCUUCUCUGCCAUUCCUCUCCAAAGAGUUCAACCCCUUCUCCUGUGAAUUCUCUGCCUUCACCACAAGUUAUGCCUCAGCUAGUAAACAGACCACCUGCAUCCCCACCACCUCCACUGUCUCCUGUACACAUAUCUUCCCCUCCUGCUUCUCUUUCUCCCAGUCCCACUGCCUCUCUACCUCAUGUGACUUGUCUUUCCCUUUCCACUCAAAGUUCAUCUUCUAAAUCAUCUCCUCUUGCCCCCAUAAGCCCUCCUGCUGCUUCUCUUCCUCUUUCACCUCCAACAGUUUCUCCUUCUGCAGUUUCACUUUGCCCAACACCUGAUAGUAUGUCUGCACAAAGAGUGACACUCUGUCCUCCUUCUGUAUCUCCUUCCCCACCUAUAAUCCCUCCCUCUCCCCCUCCACCACCUAUAUCUCCCUCAGAAGAUUUUACUCCUCCUGAGCCUGCCUCAUUCUGUCCCCCUGUAGUUUCUCCUGCUCCUUCUCCUCCUCCAACCUCAGUGUCCCCAUCUAUUCCAACUAUCACUUCCUCCCCACAAAAUCCAGAGUCCUCUCCUAUAUUUUCUCUUCUUCCAACCUCUCCCUCUCCACCCCCAUCUUCCCUCUCACCCUCCCGGGCCUCUCCAUCUCCUACCUCACCUCUGCCUUCCCCUUCGGCCCCAGAAUCACUUCUUGGACUGUCUUUUGCUGAUGAAGAACUGGAUCUUCAGCGUCAUUCCAAUGGCUUUGCAGAUGGAGCAGGCUCAAAGUCACGUCAGUUCCCAUGCAACAUAUGUGGAAAACAAUUCCGUUUUAUUAGCAUCCUGUCACUUCAUGCAAGCACACACAGGGUACGUGGACCCCUCACUCUGGGUCGUGGAGGCCCCAAGACUCACUAUGUGGCAAACAACCAGAAGCCUUUGCUGCUAGGGCCACAAUGCCAAAAAGAUACUCCCUCCUCUGUUAUGAAAGAUUCUACCCCAGAAGAUGUACAGCAGAAAGUUCCUUUAUUGACAGUUUCUGCUCCUCUUCGCCACCCCUGCCCUUUUUGCAAGGGCAAAUUUCGAAAGGCAGCUGAGCUCGAGCGUCACCUGCGCAUUCUUCAUCGGCCUUACAAGUGCCACCUAUGUGACUUUGCUGCAUCUCAGGAGGGAGAAUUAGUGGGGCAUGUGGAAAAAAAACAUGCUGCCCCCCCGCAGCCUAAACUUCCUCCACCUUUGUCUACCCCUGCUCCUACUCCAGCAUUGCCUCCUGCUGAAUUCAAGUGUGAGAUAUGCUCACAGAGUUUUACUCAAUCUUGGUUCUUAAAGGGUCACAUGCGGAAGCACAAAGAUUCUUUUGACCAUCGAUGCUCUGUCUGUGGACGCUGCUUUAAGGAAUCCUGGUUCCUAAAAAAUCAUAUGAAGGUACACCUGGGCAAGAUAAAGGGAGUUGGAGGGCAGGACCCACCUGCUCUUCAACCUUCCCAAAGCUCUCACACAACAACAUCUUCGCAGUCACCCCCUUCCUCCAGACUUCUUGGGUAUCAGAGCUUCUAUUCUGGUCUUCUCUUGAGACUUCCACCUCCUGGAGAUGCCACCUGUUCCCAGAUGCUACAAGCCACUGCCAGGGCAGUUCAGGGAGGAGAGGGUGAUCAAGAUGGAUCUGGAGCAACUGGACGACUUCAAGCAUUAGGAGCAGCCAUGGGCGAGGGAGCUUCAUCCAAGGUGAUGCUAAAUCAGGGAUCUUCUGGAAUCGUACUGAAAACUAUUGGCUAUUCAGAUAAGAAUGGAUGGAGUGUUAAUGCCUCACAGCCUGAGAGAUCUCGAGGAACAUCCGGUAGAGACUGUCCUUUCUGUGCCAAAUCCUUCCGUUCUUCUCACCACCUGAAAGUUCAUCUUCGCGUACACACAGGAGAGCGUCCCUAUAAGUGCCCACACUGCUCUUAUGCUGGAACUCAGUCUGGCUCCCUGAAAUAUCACUUACAGCGCCAUCACAGGGACUCCAAGCUCUCGUCUGGUGUCCCCCUGCGAACGAAAAGCAUUCAGCCAGUUGCUUCACAGCAGGAGAGGCUUCUGCCUGCCGUCUCCACUGCCUGGGGCAGUUCCUGCACUGAUCUUUCUCCCACCUGUGAGGAUGGAACAUCUGUGCCUCUCCGCCUACACAUGUCUGAAGGACAGGGUUCUGGUACAUAUCCGCGCAUUACUGGGAGAGGAGGGCAAAGGAGAAGAAGUCCUUCACAUCCUCCUGCUAAUGGGAGAGCAGACCAUGAGCCCCUGGAUUUGUCUCAAGGAAAUCCUUUUCACCGAUGCAUGUACUGUCCUUUUGUGACUUCAGUGGGAGAGUUGAUGAGUCUCCAUCUUCAAGUUCAUCAUGGGAGGAGAUCUCGUAGGAAGGGAGGUUACAUUAGAGGGAGGCCUAGGACUGUGCUAUCACCUGAACCUCAAGGUCCUAGUCUGAGUGAUAGCCCAGAACCAUGUGAUAGCACUGAGUGAUAUGAAACACUACAGGGCAGCUGGGAACUGAAAUACCCCAUUACUGCCAACAUUCCAUUUCCCACAAGCAAAGAAAUAGACAGAAAGCAGAAGAGAAAGUUAGGAAUUGGGUCAGAGUGUGAGUUCUCUAGAAAUGGAAAGUGAAAGGAAAGGCAGCUAUAUAUGGAAAAAUGAGUGGAUUGGGCAGCAGAAAGAUAUGAAAAAAAGGUCAGGUGCGAUUGCAGGGGGUGGGUGUUAAAGAAGUUUGAAUUGUAUAGCACGGGAAGACAGAAAGACAGUGGGUAAAAGGAGAGAACAGAAAGAAAGUGAGAUGGGUGUAGGAGAGAUGUCAGCCUGUAAUUGUCAGUUAUGUCAGAGAUACAAUGAAACAAUUCAUACCAGUAUCUGAGGAAACUGCUAUUCACAGGCCAAAAUGACAGAAUAUAAUAAUAAAAGAAAGAGCAAUGAAUGGGAGGGACUAUGCACAAGACACAAAAGAGGCCUAGAUUUAAGCUGCAGUGGGAAAGCUCUAGUCAGAUUCCAAACUCCAAUGCAAUAUUUACACUACAGUAUAAAUGCCUCAACAAUCUCUUGAGAUGAUAGAUAGAUUGCUUUGUGGUCAUAUAAGAAAGAUGAGCAUUAAAAAAAUACUGGAAUGGUGGAAUGCUUACCUUAAAUCUCACAAGGCUACAGAUUCCUUAAUAGUAUUAUACUUCUUUCCAUGGUGGCAUUAUAUUGUGGUUAUUGUACCACUUGGGGGAUUACAGACUAUGGGGAGAGCCUCUGAGAAACAAAAGACUUUAAAAUAAAUAUAAUAGAGUAAUAGACUAAUGAAUCCCUGAUAGGUAGUAGAACAAAAAAUAUGAAAAACAGAAAUGGCUCUACAUGGAUUUUGUCCAAAAGCAAAAUAAGUGCAUACUAUAAUAAAACAUAUAUAACAUGUCCUUUGUGGCAUGUGGAGGCCUUUAUCAGCAGCAAACGAUGCUUGGAGCAUUUAGCAACUACUGAAUCAGUAGUUUAAAGGGAAAUAUAUAGAAUAUUCUGUCUUAACUAAUAGUAAAGGAUAGAGAUAUAGCUUAUUAUGAGCACAAAAAUAUCCAUUUCUGGAUCCCUUGAAGCUGGUUCGGAAGAAAGAUAUGGAAAUGGAUUGAUGAGGCUGAUAUGAUGACCACAGUGGGAUACACUUCAAACAGAAUUUGCUUAUUAGAUUUUCCACUGCAUCAUAAAUAUAGGCCAGACCAAACAAAGCAAGUGUUAGGAUGCCAGAUCACUAUUGUUCGACAGGCAAGAUUCUGCAACAUGUCUUAACUGGGAGACAGGUGGAUGAACUAGGGAUAGGAGAAGAAUGUUAGUGUUAGAAUGAGAGCAACAACUAGAAAUAGGGUUAAAAACCAGUACUAAGGUAGACAGUUAGCAGCAUUGAUUUAUUUUUGCACUAGGGGGGGUUCCCUCUAGUUUAUGGUUGUUGCUAAGACUUUAUUUUUGAUAAUUUGGACCGAUCUCCAGAACCAACGUCAGAUAGACAAUAAUUUUAAGCCUUCACCAUUUGUGCCCAUUCCCCCACAUUAUUAGGUUUAAGCUCAAAAAAAUACAUUUUCACAUUUAGAGAUUUCUAUAUUUUUUUUAUUUUCUUGUAGAAAAAAAAAAGAGAAAUGAAAAAAAAAAGUUAAAAUAAAAUUUUGUUUGAAAG